GUGCUCUUUGCCGUCGCUUCGCUCGUGUCGCCGCUUGCUCGUGGGCCGGGACGCCGCGCACCGCGUCUUUUGUCUGCGUCUAACCUCUUCCUUCGUUCCGAGACCUUCCACGACUUCCUCCGGGCAGCCCGUGGGAACCGAAGCGCCCGGCCCCGUCCGUCCCUCCCUCCCUCCCCCUCCCCGCACCCGGGAGGGAGCGAGCGAGCCCGCGUCACGCCCCUCGGCGCUCGCCGCUGCCCUUCUCCGCCGCUGCGUCCGCACCGCGUCCCCGGAAUCAGACGGUGCCCCAUAGAUGGCCAGCUUUCCUCCGAGGGUCAACGAGAAAGAGAUCGUCAGAUCACGUACUGUAGGGGAACUUUUAGCUCCAGCAGCUCCUUUUGAUAAGAAAUGUGGUCGUGAAAAUUGGACUGUUGCUUUUGCUCCGGAUGGUUCCUACUUUGCUUGGUCACAAGGACAUCGGACAGUAAAGCUAGUUCCCUGGUCCCAGUGCCUUAAGAAUUUUCUUUUGCAUGGCUCCAAGAAUGUUACAAAUUCAAGUGGUCUAAGAUUAUCAAGACAAAAUAGUGAUGGUGGUCAGAAAAAUAAGCCUCGUGAACAUAUUAUAGACUGUGGAGAUAUAGUUUGGAGUCUUGCUUUUGGGUCUUCAGUUCCCGAAAAACAAAGUCGCUGUGUGAAUGUAGAAUGGCAUCGAUUCAGAUUUGGACAAGAUCAACUACUACUUGCCACAGGAUUAAACAAUGGUCGCAUCAAAAUAUGGGAUGUAUAUACAGGAAAACUCCUCCUUAACUUGGUGGAUCAUACUGAAGUGGUCAGAGAUUUAACUUUUGCUCCAGAUGGGAGCUUGAUCCUAGUGUCAGCUUCAAGGGACAAAACCCUCAGAGUGUGGGACCUAAAAGAUGAUGGAAACAUGAUGAAAGUAUUGAGGGGACACCAGAACUGGGUGUACAGCUGUGCAUUCUCUCCUGACUCGUCUAUGCUGUGUUCAGUUGGAGCCAGUAAGGCAGCUUUCCUUUGGAAUAUGGAUACAUAUGCCAUGAUACGGAAACUAGAAGGACAUCACCAUGAUGUUGUAGCUUGUGACUUUUCUCCUGAUGGAGCAUUACUAGCUACUGCAUCCUACGAUACUCGAGUAUAUAUCUGGGAUCCACAUAAUGGAGAAAUUCUGAUGGAAUUUGGGCACCUGUUUCCCCCGCCCACUCCAAUAUUUGCUGGAGGAGCAAAUGACCGGUGGGUCCGAUCUGUGUCUUUUAGUCAUGAUGGAUUGCAUGUUGCAACUCUUGCUGAUGAUAAGUUGGUAAGGUUCUGGAGGAUUGAUGAGGAUCACCCAGUACAGGCUGCACCUUUGAGCAAUGGUCUUUGCUGUGCCUUUUCUACUGAUGGCAGUGUUUUAGCUGCUGGGACAAAUGAUGGAAGUGUAUAUUUUUGGGCAACUCCAAGGCAAGUCCCUAGCCUUCAACAUUUAUGUCGCAUGUCAGUCCGAAGAGUGAUGUCCACUCAAGAAGUCCAGAGGCUGCCAGUUCCAUCCAAAGUUUUGGAGUUUCUCUCCUACCGUGUUUAGAAGACUGACAGAAUCCACAAACCUCAAGCUUUACUGAUUUUAACUGUCUGUUUUUAUGUUUAGAAAAUUUAUUUAAUAUGAUACAUUCUUGUAAUGCAUUUUCAUUAGUUAAGCUUUUAAAAUAUUAUUUAUGUCAAGUGUAAUUUUUUUAAGAUUACCUGUGAACACACACACAUUAUGUAUAUAUUUAGACAUAGCUGCUAUGUGUGUUGAGUGGACCUUUGCUUUUGUAGCUUUUCCUUCUGGCCUGUAUAUACUGCUUCAGUAGAGGCACCACAUGUAUCUGUGCUGUAAGUUGGAAAGGACAGUCUUUCUGUUUUUUAAAUUUUGGGACACUGAGUUUAAAUGAUAGUUCAAAAAUAGAAUUGCCUCAUGUAAAGUCGACUUGGUUAGAAUGCGGUGUCAGAGUAGCCAGUGAGGAGAGUUGUGUGUGGAAGAGAUUGUAUUUUCCGUACGAAUGGCGUGUGGCAGGGAGCUGGAAUGUGGUACACGGAACAGGGUACACAGCUGGAGAAGGGUCUUUCUGUGGGCCUCAGCUCUGCAAAGUGGCUUGCUGCAAUACACCUACUGUAUCAUUGCUGGAUAUUUUGUUUAUACUAAGGGACAUAUUUUAGGACCAUUGGGACUUGUUUUUUAAAGCCCUUACUCUGUUUCUGCAGAGAUACUGGUGACUUGCCAAAGAGAAGCAGCCAGCGCAUCUGCCUUUGCCCUGUUAUUUAUCUCAUCUACAGAUACCUAGAAUGUACACGUUGUGUCAAAUGCUUGAUUUUAUAUCUUUGACUUUUUUAUUAAAGACUUGUAAAAAAAAUCCUA